AUGUCCGUCCCGUCUACAGCCCGUGUCGUUAUUGUCGGCGGUGGUAUUGUCGGUGUGUCCACCCUUUAUCACCUGGCCAAAAACGGCUGGUCUGACUGCGUCCUCCUGGAAAAGAACGAGCUCACCGCCGGCUCCACCUGGCAUGCCGCCGGUAACUGCCCGAAUUUUUCAGGCAGCUACGGCAUCAUGAACAUGCAGCGAUAUGCGCUGGAACUCUAUCGAGGCCUUGCCGACGAGGUCGACUAUCCGCUGAACUAUCACGUCAGCGGUUCUCUGCGACUGGCACAUAGCCAUGAGCGGAUGAUGGAAUUCGACCAUGUUGCCGGAAUGGCGCGGCACAUGGGCCUUGAAAUGGAUAUGUGCACACCGCAGCAAUUGCAGGAACGCUACCCCUUCCUUGAACUUCACGAUCUGGAGGGAGGCCUCUGGGAUCCGCUGGAUGGUGACAUUGACCCUGCCCAGGUCACACAGGCGCUGGCAAAGGGAGCGCGCACCCACGGCGCCAAGAUCCUGCGCUUUACACCCGCGACCGGUGUCAGCCGCGAAAACGGUGAGUGGAUCGUACACACUGAAAAGGGAGACAUCCGCUGCGAAUACGUCGUCAAUGCCGCCGGCUACUACGCCGAACGGGUCGGCGAAUGGUUCCUGCCUUUUGGCGGCCGCCAGGUCCCGAUGGCCGUGAUGAGCCAUCAGUACUUCCUGACCGAACCGGUUCCGGAAAUCGCAGAGUGGAGUGAAAAAAACGGCCGCAAACUGCCGCUGCUGCGUGAUGUGGACACGUCCUACUAUCUGCGCCAGGAAACCACCGGCUUCAAUCUUGGACCUUACGAACGCAAUUGCCAGACAGCCUGGACGAGAGCCGAUGACCCGAUGCCGGACGACUUCAGUUUUCAGCUCUAUCCCGACGACCUAGAUCGUCUGGAAUGGUACAUCGAAGAUGCCAUGGCACGUGUUCCCCUGCUCGGAACGCAAGGGGUCAGCCGCAACAUCAACGGUCCCAUUCCCUACGCACCUGACGGCUUGCCUAUGGUCGGCCCGAUGCCGGGCGUUCCCAAUGCAUUCGAGGCUCAUACCUUCACAUUCGGGAUCGCACAGGGCGGUGGCGCAGGCAAGGUCGCUGCCGAGUGGAUCAUGCAUGGCGCGACGGAAUGGGACAUGUGGUGUGUCGACCCGCGGCGCUACACGGAUUACACGGACAAGCAGUAUUGCAUUGACAAGGCCAAGGAGGUCUACGGCCAUGAAUAUGCAAUGCAUUUUCCGCAUCAUGAAUGGCCGGCUGCGCGUAACAGGAAAACCUCUCCCAACAAUGACAGGAUCCUGAAACUCGGCGGCCAGAUGGGGAGUUACAACGGCUGGGAACGGGCCAACUGGUUCGCCAAGCCCGGGGACGACGCGUCCGAAGAGGCGACGCAAACCUGGUCCCGUUCGGGGCCCUGGGAACCUCGCGGUCGCGAAGAGUGCGAAGCCGUGCGCGACACGGUCGGCGUUCUGGAUCUCUGCGGUUUUUCCCGCUUCAGCCUCUCCGGGGAAGGCGCUGCCGAGUGGUUGCGUGGGAAAAUCGCCGGUGGCCUGCCCAAGUCCGGACGCAUGAAUCUCGGCUAUUUCCCGGACAACCGGGGGCGCGUCCUGACCGAAAUGUCGAUCAUCCGGCAUGGCGACGACGACUUCACUCUCAUCACGGCUGCCGUUGCCCAAUGGCAUGACUUCGAGGUCCUCAAAUCGGAUCUGCCAGAUGGGCUGACGCUCGCCGACCGGACCAGAGACAUGACGACCCUCAUUGUUUCAGGUCCGAAGUCCAGGGAUCUCCUGAGCAACCUCACGGAUGCCGAUCUCGGUCUUGGCUGGCUGACCCAUCAGCAGACCACGGUUGCCGGAAAACCGGCGAUGCUUGUCCGGGUCUCGUUCGCCGGCGAGCUUGGAUGGGAAGUCCAUGCGGAUAUGGAGAAUAUUUCCACGAUCUAUGACGCGAUUCUGGCAGGAGGCGCCAGGCCAUUUGGAAUGUAUGCACUCAAUGCACUGCGUCUUGAGAAGGGCUACCGCGCCUGGAAGGGUGACCUUUCUACCGAUUACACCCUUUUCGAGAGCGGCCUCGGACGUUUCGUGAAACUCGACAAACCCCAGGAUUUCCCGGGGAAACAGGCUCUCCAGAUCGAAAAGCAGCAGGGCCCAGCCAAGGGUUUCGUGACGCUGACGGUCGAUGCCGGGGAUCUUGAUGCGCCGUAUAUGUCCAGCAUCUGGAAAGGCGAUGAGAUUGUCGGUGAGGUGACCUCCUGCGGCUGGGGCUACCGGGUCAACACCUGUAUCGCACUCGGCGUCGUGCGAUCCGGCCUGGACGCGCCCGGCACCGACCUUGAGGUCGAAAUCUACGGACAAAGAUACAAGGCCGUCGUUCAGCCGGAUCAACCGCUUUGGGACCCGGAAAACGAACGGCUUCGGGCGUGA